CCUAAUCAUUCUCUUCUCCUCAUAAUAUAUGACUCCCGAAUUCUUGAAUUUUUCAUAAACUUUCUACUAUAUUAUAUUAUUAAUCAAAAUGAAUUUCUUGAGUUCUCAAACUCGAAAAAUUCAUCUAAAAUGUCACAAGAAAAGGCUCAACCAAGAUCAAGUGAGGCUCUUAGAGAUUAGCUUUAGCUCCAAUAACAAGCUUGAUUCCGAUAGAAAAUCCCAACUUGCCCAGGAACUGGGGUUACCACCCAGGCAAGUCGCAAUAUGGUAUCAGAACAAGCGAGCACGAUGGAAAAGUCAAAGCCUAGAGGUUGACUAUAAAACCUUGCAACAAAGACUAGAUAAUGCCCUUGAGGAUAAUGAGAAGUUGAAAUUGGAAGUUGAGAGGCUUAGAAAGGAGCUAAACAAAAAUCAAGAAGUGUUGUUGGGAUUCAACACCACAACUAAUAAUUAUUCAUCAAUUUCAAGUUCAUGUGAUGAAGUUGGGAGUACUUCAUGUUUGCAACUUCAUGAUCAAUCCAAGCAUAAUCAUCUUGAUAAGGAGUUUUAUGCUUGUUUAAUUGGUGAUGAAGGCCACUUUGGGACACAUCAUGAUGGGCAUAAUUUCUUUGCUUCAUCUUUGUCUUGAUAAGCUACAUAUGUAUAUGGUAACUUAUUAAGUCCAAAAAAUGAAGGAUGUUUAUGACUUUAUGUGAUAUGUAGUUGUGUUUUCUUCUUCUUUUUAUAUAAUAUUUUAAGAUACGUUUUUUCAUAAUUAA